AUGACGGUUAAGAAAGUCGAGAUCAAAGUGGAUAUCGACUGUCAGAAAUGCAAAAACGCAAUCAUGCAGACUGUGGCAGAGCUAGAAGGUGUGAAUUCGGUGGCGCUGGAUGAAGAGAAGAGCUUACUUACGGUGGUGGGCACAAUGGACCCGAUCUGCGUUGUGGCACAGCUCAGGAAGAUCAAACAGAAACCAGUAGUAGUCAGCGUUGGGCCACCAAAACCUCCUGAGCCCAAAAAAGAGCCCAUUCCAGAGUGCAUGCUCGAGUGGUGCAGCAGGCCUUUCAUGCCUUACCCCUGUGACGUCGUAACAGUUACCACCACCGAAAGCGGAAGCGGCUGCACCAUCAUGUAA